AUGGAUCCGCCGUCGGGCGCGCAGGGCCAGCACCAGCACGAACCCAUCAGCUUCGGCAUCGACCAGAUCCUCAACAGCCCCGAGCAGGAGAGCGCUCCCCCGCCGCCGCCGCCGCCGCCCCCCCGGGGCCCCGACGGCGCGACCUUCCUGGGCGGCCCCGGCGGCCGCGGCGGCGCGCCUUACCCGGGCCUGCCGGCCCCUUUCCCGGCCAUCGCCGCGCCCUUCGAGGACUCGGGAUCUUACAGUGUCAACCUCAGCCUGGCCCCCGCCGGCGUGAUCCGGGUGCCGGCGCACAGGCCCAUCCCCGGGGCCGUGCCGCCGCCCAUCUCCAGCGCCAUCCCGGCCAUGCCCGCCGUGCCCAGCCUGGGCAGCCUCAACUUCCCCUGGAUGGAGAGCAGCCGGCGCUUCGUCAAGGACCGGUUCACAGCGGCGGCGGCGCUGACGCCCUUCACGGUGACACGGCGGAUCGGGCAUCCCUACCAGAACCGGACCCCGCCGAAGCGCAAGAAGCCGCGGACGUCCUUCUCCCGGGUCCAGAUCUGCGAGCUGGAGAAGCGCUUCCACCGGCAGAAGUACCUGGCCUCGGCCGAGCGCGCUGCUCUCGCCAAGUCCCUCAAGAUGACGGACGCCCAGGUGAAGACCUGGUUCCAGAACCGGCGCACCAAGUGGCGGCGGCAGACGGCGGAGGAGCGGGAGGCCGAGCGGCAGCAGGCGAGCCGGCUGAUGCUGCAGCUGCAGCACGACGCCUUCCAGAAGUCGCUGAACGAGUCGAUCCAGCCCGACCCGCUGUGCCUGCACAACUCGUCGCUGUUCGCGCUGCAGAACCUGCAGCCCUGGGAGGAGGAGAGCGCCAAGAUCCCCCCGGUCACCUCCCUCGUCUGA